GCGUUCAUUGUUGCUGUGGUUUUCCUGUGAAGUUCCUUAAACUGGAACAUCAACCUUUACACAGUCAGACUUUCACAUGCAUUCUUCACAGUCACAGUUAUCGUCUUCAUCAUGGCUGGACACCUUCUGUUUGUCAUCCUCAUGUCUUUCGUUCAUGAGAUUCAAGCACAAGCUUUUCUUCCACCAACACUGACAGUGAACACAACAGUGAUCUCAGAGAGAGACUUGGUCACAUUUCACUGUCAGGCACCAACAUCUGUCUCAGUUCAACAGUGUUUUUUCUACACUGUGGAGAAAAAUACUUCCAAAGCCUUCUCAUGCCUGCAGAAUUUCACUGCAACAGAACUGUUGUUAAUGUCACAUCAGAGUUCACCUGCUGAAGUUAAAGUGAAAUGUUUUUACACUGGAGAACUAAAUUCAACGUCUGCGCACAGUGAACCAUCCUCCAUCACUAUACAAAGUCAGAAACCACAGAUGAGAGUUCAGCAUUUUAAUGGAGAACAAGUUCAGUUUGUUUGCUCUCUGCCUGGAUCUGUGAAAGAUGAUACAAGAUGUAAUCUGUACUUUGGAGAAGCAAGUCGUUCAGUCCUGACAGCAACUGUCUGGAAGAAAAGCAGCACAGAAACCAAACAGAGGUUCUGCCAGUUUUAUGUCUCAAUUGAUGAUUUUUUGAGACAUCUACAUUUUGUUCAACAAAAAGAAGCCAGCUGUGAUUACACUUUGAAAAGGGAACCCAGGUCUUUGUCUCCUCGCAGUGAUCAAUACAACUUAACAGCUAUUCUGGAAAGUGAAUCACCAAAGAUCAACAAACCAUCAUCUAUCAUGACCACAGCAGAAUCAAGUCUCAGCAAACCCACUACUUCAUCUUCUACCACUUCAGUGAACUCACCAUCAGGAUUAACUACUAUUCUCAGUGCUGCAAGUGAUGUGGACACUCGUCCCAAAACAGCUCAGUAUAUGACAUCAGGAGCCAGUACUACAGCUAUUCUGGAAAGUGAAUCACCAAAGAUCAACAAACCAUCAUCUAUCAUGACCACAGCAGAAUCAAGUCUCAGCAGACCCAGUGCUUCAACUUCUACCACUUCAGUGAACUCACCAUCAGGACUGGCUGCUCUUAAUCUCAGCCCUACAACUGGUGUGAACACUCCUGUCAAAACAACUGAGUAUAUAACCUCACGAGACAGUACUACAGAGUCGAGUCUCAGCAGUGCUAGCGCUUCCAGUCCUACCACGUCUGUGAAUUCUCCUGCAGAUUCAUACAAGACUAAUGCUACAACGACUAUUACUACAGUCAAAGCAGAAGCAUCGAUAUGGAAGUUGGCGGUAGCUGUGACUGGAUUUGGAGUAACCAUGGGUAUCAUCUUACUGGUGCUGGGGCUUCUCACAUUCAAAAGAAGAAGUGAAACAUGUCCUCAAAGCAGGACAAAGGCAACAUCACCAGGUGAUUUUAUAUCAAUGACUAAAAUGAACCAUGGAAGAAUGUUACCUGCAGGUAAUGAUGGAGGCUCCAGUGUGAUCACGUCAGUACCUGAUGACAACUGUCUUAAUAGUACACUACCCCCAGCUGAAAACACUUCAUGUACCGGAGAGAAACUAAACUUGGAACAGACAAAAAAUGAAGAUUCUGACAUUUACCAUGUGUACGCCACCAUCUCUGAAGAAACAGAUCCACCAGAUUCACAGGACAUGAUAUACAGCAUGCUGAAUGCACACUGAAACACAGUGAAACAUUUUUGGUGACGUUGUUAGUAAAAUGUCUAAAAUGAUCUAAAUCAUGUUAAAGUGAGGAAAGUGUGACAGGUAAUAGAUGCAAUCUUGCAAAAAAUCUUGAGCUUGAAUUGUUGUAGUUCUUUUUUUCUAUUGAAAGAUAACUGACAUGAUGAUGAUUUCGGCUUUAGUAUUUUUAAUAAGCGCUCUUAGAUAUUUAUUGUUUUGUUUUCAGUAAUUGUAAUUUGGAAGAUGACAGUCAAAACACCUGAGUCAUUUCCAAGCUUAGAACAAUGUAUACUUUUCAAAUAAACUAAUGCCGUAUGUUCAUCGCCAGAGAAAGUAAUUUGUUACACUACUUGUUACAUUACUUUCUCAUCAUUAGUAAAAUGACCUGAAAUGCAAUGUCUCAUAGUUACCAAUUAAGAAUAUAGACUUUAGGCUAAAGUCCCCCACACCAACACAAAUCCCUAUCCUAAUUAUAAAACACUCUUUCACAAAACCGACAACAAAAAGAAAAGAUGGAAACCAGCCCAAAGAGACUUCAAAGUGAUUGCAACACCAAUUCUGCUGUAGAAAUACAAAGGGAUCUGGCAGCUCCAUCACUCUGGGUUCUUGGCUAGCUUUGUGUUAAUUUGCGCAGAUGCUUGCAAAAACAUUGUAGUUGUUUUUUUUCCUGGAUGCAGUUUCCACUUUACCAUGGUGCACUCCCCCUUUUGUGCAAUAAACAUAAAGUUAGUGUGCAUAUCUUCACCCGUGAAAUGUUGUUGACUGCACUGAAGAACAUAUAUGUUCUUGUAAAGGCUUUACUUUGUAAGAACUGAUUCUAGUUUAGUUCCGUUGAAAUUUCUCAGAAAUCCUGUGCUUUGAAUGCCUAAAAAUGUAUCCAGACAUCUUCCAUUUUAACCAUGUACAGGAGCCAUGUAAGAAAUGGAAAACCAUAUUCAGUGAAACAAGCAAAUAAAUAAAUAAAUUAUAGAUUUAC